AUGAAGCCCUACGCUGCCACAAAGCUUUCUGCUGAUGCGAAGCCUUUUUCACCCCUCUCGCCUCACUGCCAUCAACCACCGCCGCUACAUCAUCUGCCUCAUGUUCCUGUUCAAGCUUCUCUGCAUCACCCAGUAUUUUACCAACCGCAAUAUUAUGAGCCAAGUAAUUUUUCUGGUGGUGGCCAUUGGAGUUGGCAAUCUCCUCAGUAUCACCAAUUAGGGUUUAACAACAUUCCUGUGCAUCAUGGUGUUGGGUUUUGUUAUGGUCCUCCUCCGGUACCAUUCGUGUUCAAUCAAGGUCUUCCGCAGUUCAACAUGCAGACUUUGAGGAACAAAAUUGUUCAACAAGUGGAAUACUAUUUCAGUGAUGAAAAUCUUUGCAAGGAUUAUUUCUUGAGAUCGCUGAUGGAUAACAAAGGAUGGGUUCCGAUAUCCAACGUUGCUGAAUUUAACAAGCUCAAGAGAAUGUGCACAAACAUGCCAUUUAUCCUUGAUGUUCUGAUGCAGCGCUCAACUCGUGUAGAAGUGCAUGGUCACAUGAUACGACGACGUAAUGAGUGGCAAAGGUGGCUUCCGGUUUCUGCAGGCUCAACGACAAACCCGCAAAGUCAAGUUUCCUUGGAGGAGAAGGAAUUCAUGGAAAGCCUGCUAGUAAAGAACGUAUAUGGCGAUGAUGAUGCUGUUGAGUUUGAUGGUGGGUCGGUUGUGUAUAAUGCUUCUAAUGGUGGUUUAAGUGGAAGACGAGCAGCCCCGGCCAUGAAGACAGAGUGGAAGCCAAAGGCUUUCAAGUGUUGCUGA